CCUUGUGCUAUUCGUGCCAUGUGCAUAUUACAAUUCUGCAUCGCCGUAUCGAAAAUUUAUAACCAGCACGUUUUUUGAUUGUGAAGUGUUUACUUUCUCUGCUAACAUAAACUAAAGGCCUAUAAAGUUGGAAGAAUAUUGUUGAAAAAUUCAAGAUGCCUAAAGUAAAGAGUUUCAUUGAUAGAAAAAAUUGUCGGACAUUUGAAUUGUGUUCAAGAUCGCAAAGAGAUCCUUUACUAGUAGAUCCAAGUGCUCCCCAACACGUACUUGUUGAAACUACUGCUCCUAACAAAGAAGAAGAAAGAGUUUGUGGAAUAUUUUUUGAAGAUGAUUAUAACUAUCUGAAACAUUUGAAAAAUGUCAAUCAAGUGUCCGAACUUGUUGAAACUACUAAUGAACGUGAUGAAAAGAAGAAACCAAAGAAACGAAGCAAUCUACGGUUACCUGCUUCAGUAUUUCAAUCGCAUGUAGAAGAAAAAAUAGGGCUUCUUCACAGAUAUGCUCCUCAUUCCGGGCCAAGGGUAGAUUUAGAUCCAGAAGUUUUUUAUAAACUUGAUAAUCCUGAUGAGGAAAAUGAUUUGGAGGAUAAUAUUAUUGAAUUGGGUGGAGGCAUGCUCGAUGAUGAUGAAGAUAAAGAUGUAGGCGAUUGGUCUGAUGUGGAUAGUGAUGAAGCUCGAGAUGAAGUAAUGAGUUUGAAUGGAUCAGGCAAGGAUUAUGAUUUUGCUAACGAAGAAACAAAAUCAAGGUUUACUGAGUAUUCUAUGACUAGCAGUGUAAUGAGAAGAAACUCACAGCUGACUUUACUCGAUGAUAAAUUUGAAAACAUGUACAAGGAAUAUGAUGAGGACAAAGUGGGUUCUCUUGAUUUUGAAAAUAUUGAAGGACCUAAUAGUGAAGAUUCUAAAUUAAUACAACAAUUUUUAGAAGAUUAUCAAGCAGAAUCUAAAGAACAAGAUGUUGAAAAUAUGGCAAAAUUAUUGAAAGAACGUUGUAAAGUUAUGUAUGAAUGCUCAAAUUCAGAUGAUGAAGGUGAUUCUAAAUUAACAACAUAUGUUGAAACUGAAAAAAAAGAAGAAUGGGACUGUGAAUCCAUAUUAUCUACUUAUAGUAAUAUUUAUAAUCAUCCUAAAAAAAUUUUAGAACCCAAUUCUAAACAACCGCCAAAAAUUGCAAUUGAUCGUAGAACUGGAAUUCCACAAGUAAGAAAUAUUCAUGAAUCUGAUUCUGAAGCUAAUUCUUCAUCAGAUAGUGAAGAUGAUGAAUCUACCAUUUCUACUGUUCAAUUUACCAGAUCUAAACAUGAAACAUCUGAAGAAAAAAAGGAGCGAAAAAGACAAGUCAAGGCAAUGAAAAACGAAAGAAGAAGAGAGAAAAAGAUGAGUAAAGAAAUGUUCAAGGAAGAAAAGAAAAAGGAGCAAAAAGUCUUGAUAAAUAAAAAUAAGACUUCCAAUGCAAUCCGAAUAGCUUAAACUUUCUCUGGUAUUAAUUUAUAUUUUAUAAAUGAAGAUUUAUAUUCAAAUUAUUUAUUAUCUAAAUUAUAAGCAAAUAAUA